AUGGGAUACCCAGACACUUUCACCGGAUUCCAAAUUGAAGAUCCUAAGAAAUGGACCGAGUUUCACAAGAAUGAAUAUACACCCAAACCAUUCGGUGACUACGAUGUCGAUAUCAAAAUCCAGGCCUGUGGUGUUUGCGCCAGUGAUUUGCACACUGUUAGUGGAGGGUGGGGUGAACAAAAGUUUCCGCUCUGUGUGGGGCAUGAAAUCGUAGGUGAAGCCCUCCGUGUCGGCCCAAAAGUAACUCUCAUCAAACCCGGUCAACGUGUCGGUGUCGGCGCCCAAUCAUACUCUUGUCUCCAAUGCCGUCAAUGCAAGAAUGAUAAUGAAACAUACUGCCGCCAUCAGCUCGACACCUAUGGAGCCGUCUGGCCAGAAACUGGAAUCGUUUCCCAAGGUGGUUAUGCUAGUCACGUUAGAACUCAUGAACAUUGGGUCUUCCCCAUCCCAGACGGUUUAAAGAGUGAACAGGCAGCUCCUAUGUUGUGUGCUGGCUUGACAGCGUAUAGUCCGUUGGUCAGAAAUGGCUGUGGACCAGGAAAGAAGGUGGGUAUUGUGGGGUUGGGUGGGAUUGGACAUUUUGGAGUUAUGUUUGCUAAGGCUUUGGGAGCCGAGACCUGGGUUAUUUCGAGAACCCAUGCCAAAGAAGCCGAUGCCAAGAAACUCGGCGCCGAUGGCUUCCUCGCCACUGCCGACAAGGAUUGGAACAAAGAGCACAUCAUGACCUUUGACUUGAUCGUCAACACUGCCUCCUCAUCUUCCGGCUUCAAUUUGGCCGAAUAUCUCGAGCUUCUCGACGUUCACGGACACUGGGUAUCUGUCGGAUUACCUGAAGGCGAAGGACAAACCAUUGAUAACUUCCAACUGUUGAAGAACGGUGUACUCCUCGGAGGAAGUCAUUUGGGCAGCAGGAAAGAAGUUCUCGCCAUGUUAGAUUUGGCAGUUGAGAAGGGAAUUAAGAGUUGGGUAGAGACGAUUGAGAUUAAUGAGGAGGGAUUGAAGACAGCGUUGACGAGGUUGCAUAACAAUGAUGUCAGGUAUAGGUUUACAAUGGUUGGGUAUGAGAAGUGCUUUGGUGCUUAG